ACCUUUAAAAACACGUGUGAGUACCCGCCCCUCAUCUCCUGCCAUUGAACCACAACAUGAGAUGUGUCGCCUGUGUCAAACACGGUAUAUUUGAGCUCUGAGCUUCACAAUGUGUUCGAUUCCUGGGCUUCCAACACCAGGAUCAGAUGUACCUGUUCUCAUCACAAGGGUAAACCUAAACCCCAAUUGUGGUCUUGUAGAACUAUGGGUUAACAUGGAUGAUGGAAGGAAGCAUGUUUAUGAGAAAAUGAGAGAGGAAAUUCAGAUUCCUAAGAGGAAGUUUUGUGGAUCAGAAGGAAAACCAGGGGACCUUUGUCUAGUCUGCAUCAGUGACACCUGGCAUAGAGCUCGAAUUGUAUCAAUUCAAAGUGAAACCUCCAAUGUUUUUCUAAUUGACCAGGGACAGCCCCAUAUUGCCACAAGUGAAGCUUUAGCAAGGGGCCAGAGUGACAGUUUUCUCCUUCCUCCUGAAAUUGAAUCAUGCAUACUCGCAAAUGUCAUCUCCCUUGAGAAUAACUGGCCUGAAAGAGCCACAAAGUUUUUGAAGUCUCUGCCUGGCAAGAAGUUUAAGGGGCUGGUUCAACAUGUGCUGAUGCCAGACAGGACAAUUCUCCUUGAUAUACCAGUUAUUUCCAAGCACAUGUGUAAACUUGGAGUUGCAAAGAAGAUCCCAGUGGGCGAGUUUAAAUGCCUUGUACUUAAAUGUCUACAUUUACCUAAAGGAGAUGCUUCUGAGGCCUACCGUAUAACACAGGAACAGAAUCUGAAUGUUAGUUGCCAACUUGAGAAACAUGACCAAUACUUUUACCCAGAACUCUUAACUGACACAUUUGAAACUGUUAAUGUGACAGAGGUAAUUGAUCCACAGAACAUUUUUUGCAAACUUCUGAUUUUUUCCAAGGCAGUUAAAAUAUUAUCAGAACAGGUCCACCAACACUAUGAAGAAACUUCAGAUUUUGGAGAGGCACAACCACAGACCAGCGGGGAUCCAUGUGCUGCUAAAGGAGUAAACGGCAGAUGGCAUCGCUCGUUACUAAAGCAGAACAUUGUGACUAGCGAUGGUUCUGUAGAAGUCUUGCAUGUGGAUGAAGGAAAAACUGAAUUUGUCCCAGUUGGAGACAUCAGACCACUGCAUGGAAAAUUCCUGAGAAUGCCAGUGGUCACAUAUCUCUGUUCUCUAGAUGGAGUAAACGAUAAUGGCACAAGAUGGACUACAAACCAGACUGAGUACCUGAAAUCACUACUGCUGAAUGAGACGGUUGUGGCUGGGUUUAACCACCACAAAAUACCUCAUGAUGUCUAUUAUGUCACUCUCUAUACAGCUAAUGCUGCAUGCAUAAACAAUUGCUUUUUAGAGAAGGCAGGAUUUUUUCCACCUUGUAAGACUGAACAAGAUUCAAAUGUCCAGAAUGACCCCAUUGCAUCAUCAUUUCUCAGUUCACUUGGGGAUGAACAGUGUGUGGAUUCCCAGGACAAAGUCAGCUUAAAUGUUGAUGCUUUAGAGGAAACCUUGCCAAGUACCAAGAACCCACCAGUUAAUCGCAGGGCAGAUGAGAUACAGACUUCUGGCCCCAAUGUUCAUCCUAUCAAAUAUAUCUCUGAACAUUCAGACCCUCUAAUACACAACAAUGGGCAUCUUUCAACAUGUUGCUCCUCUGAGGUGCAAGAUGCUCAUCAUGACGAUGUGUUUACUGUAGGAAAUUCUGUCAAUGUAAAAGUAUCUUGCAUUGAAAGUCUACAAAAGUUCCGGUGUCAAGCAACUGAAAAUGAUGACUCUCUUAGUCUCCUUAUGGAUUACCUGCAAACCCAUUAUGCCUCUGCCCACCCUCAGCCACUUGUUGAGUCCAUCUUCGUCACCCAUAAUCCAGAAAACGGCAUGUGGUAUAGAGCAAAGAUCAUUGCAAGUCACCACUCCCCAGUAGUAGAUGUGAAAUUUAUAGAUUAUGGUCAAACUCAAAAGGUCCCUCUGCGAGAUGUGUUCCCUAUUGACCCAGCUUUCUUAGGCGGAGUCGAUGGGGCUUUUCAGUGUUGCCUAUUCAAUCUGAAGAAUCCCACUAAUUCCAAUGCUGUCACUUGGACUGAUGCUGCGCUAGAGUUUCAGAAGUUUGUGGAUUCAGGUGCCUCUUCAAACAUUGGAUUGAAAAGUAUUGUAAAGGCUAGAACAUCUGAUGAAGAAAGCCUGUCGGUUAAUGUUGUAGAUAUUGAAACAUCUUCUCAGAGUGCUUGCAAACAGCUGGCUCAGAAAUGUGCACAGGCUGACAGUAAAGUCCUUCCUCUGGUCCCAUCAGAUGCAUAUAAUUACUCCACACACAAUAUUGAGGUGGGUGAAAAAGAAAAAGUGUGGGUUACCUCUUCAGAGAAUGUAAAUCACUUCUACUGCCAGCUAGACAGGAACUCUCAUUUAUUUGACAAAGUGAUGGAAAAUGUUAAGCAACUAAUUUGCCAGCCACAGUGCACAGAUCGCCUAAUUGAACUCAACAGUGUUUGCUUUGCUAGGUACACUGAUAAUCAGUGGUACAGAGGUCAAGUGGUAGAAAUGUCACCAAAACUUAAAGUGCAUUUUGUGGACUAUGGGGAUACCCUUGCAGUGAAUGAAUCUGAUAUUUGCGCCUUCCCCUCUGAUGCAAGUAUUGCCAUGUCUGUUCCCGUGCAGGCUGUUCCACUUGGACUGUUUGAUGUCCCAGCCGAAGUACCACAGGAAAUCAACCAGUGGUUUGCAGAUAAUGCCAUUGGCCAUAAUUUUACCAUUUCAGUAGUGGCAAAGGGGGCAAGAGGGAAGCUAAUCGUUGAACUUUUUGAUGGUUCCUUGAAUGUAAAUGGGAAGGUCAGAGAGAGCAUAGCAAAGAUAAAACAACAAAAGAUGAAUGGCCUAGUUCAGCAGACUGACCAGCAGUGCCCUAACAGCUCAAAACAGGCUAGUGUAUCAGAUGUUGACUGUUUAACUGAAGAGUUCAUGAAUAUGUCACCAUUAAGGGAGAUGACAGAAAAAAGUAAAGGCCACAACAGCAAUGGAAUUUGUGCCAGAGAUGAGCUAAAGAUUCAUCCACAUUCCACAACUCUUGUCUCCGUACCAGAGGUUGAACAUGAAAAGACUUUGGAUGAAGGAAGAAAAUCAACUUUGGAUGUAAUUCUUAAGGACAAAGAAACAGUGGUGGCAGAGACGUUCAUACAAGGUGGCAACACUGACUCAGAAAUGACACAUCUUUCCCUUCCUUUGUACCCUAAGGGAAUUGAGAACAUAUACAUGUACAAGAGGCCAAACGUUUCUCAAAACAAGACAGAGGAGGUAUACGCUUCUUGCAUUGUUGGACCCAAUUACUUCUGGUGUCAGCGUGCCAACACUGAGAACCUGGACAUAGUGUCAAGACUUGCUCAGGAGGUAGGACAGGCACAACAGGGCACAAUGUUCCCCAAGACUUUGGAUCCUGGUUGUCCAUGCCUUGCUCUCUUUUCCAGUGACAACCAGUGGUAUCGAGCUCAAGUCAUUCGCAGAAAUGACGAUAAAUUCAAGGUUGUGUUUGUUGACUAUGGAAAUGAGUCUGAAGUUGAUAUUAAGGAUGUGAGAACAAUGCCUCAGAGUCUGCUGGAGCAGGCUCCUCAGGCUUUUUUGUGCUCUUUGAAUGGAUUUGAUGAGUCCAAGGGCUACUGGGAUGACAAAGUUUAUGAUGACUUCUACAAUUUCCUGGUUGAUAAGCCACUCAGAGUGACAGUGUUUAAUAUGGAGGACCAAUCAGAGAUUGGAGUUCCUCAAUAUGCAGUGAAAACUGAGUGGGAAGAUGUGGUUGUGAAUAGCGUGAUGCAGAAAUACUGGAAACCAUUUUCCACAGAACAUGGUAAGAAUGAAAUUGUUCAAACAGCCACCUUCCUCCAAGGUAUUCAAACUGAGUCCAACAUGACACGCCUUAAAGAAAAUGUGAAUACUUCUUUAUACAAGAAGCCAAACAUUUCCAAAAACAAAACAGAGGAGGUAUAUGCCUCUUGUAUUGUGGAACCCUGUUUCUUCUGGUGUCAGUACGCCAACACAGAGGAUCUUGGCAAAGUGGCAAGGCUUGCGCAGGAAGCAGGACAGGCAGAGCAGGACAUGAUGUUCCCAGAAACUCUUUGUCCUGGCAGUCCAUGCCUUGCUCUGUUUUCCAGUGACAACCAGUGGUAUCGAGCUCAAGUCAUUCGCAGAAAUGAAGAUAAAGUCAAGGUUGUGUUUAUUGACUAUGGAAAUGAGUCAGAUGUUGACAUCAAGAAUGUGAGAUCAGUGCCUCAGAGUCUGCUGGAGCAGGCUCCUCAGGCCUUUUUGUGCUCCUUGAAUGGAUUUGAAGAGUCCAAGGGCUCCUGGGAUGACAAAGUUUAUGAUUACUUCUAUAGUCUUCUGGUUGAUAAACCACUAAAAGUGUCAGUGUUCAACAUGGAAGAUCAUUCAGAAAUUGCAGUUCCUCAGUAUGCAGUGGAAAUUGAGUGCGAGGGAGUGAUUGUAAAUACAGCAAUGCAGGUAUACCAGAAACCAGUCACCAAAGAAUGUGUUAUGACAGAAAGCCCUGAAACAGAAACUUUCCUCCAAGAUGAUCAAACUGAGUCCAACAUGACACACAAUGUUUCCAAAGUAAAUGUGAAUACUUGCAUGUACAAGAAGCCAAAUAUUUCCAAGAACAAGAUGGAGAUGGUAUACGCCUCUUGUAUUGUGGAACCCCAUUUCUUCUGGUGUCAGUACGCCAACACAGAGGAUCUUGGCAAAGUGGCAAGGCUUGUGCAGGAAGCAGGACAGGCAGAACAGGACAUGAUGUUCCCAGAGACUCUUGGCCCUGGCAGUCCAUGCCUUGCUCUGUUUUCCAGUGACAACCAGUGGUAUCGAGCUCAAGUCAUUUGCCGAAAUGACGAUAAAUUCAAUGUUGUGUUUAUUGACUACGGAAAUGAGUCAGACGUUGACAUCAAGAAUGUGAGAUUAGUGCCUCAGAGUCUGCUGGAGCAGGCUCCUCAGGCCUUUUUGUGCUCCUUGAAUGGAUUUGAAGAGUCCAAGGGCUCCUGGGAUGACAAAGUUUAUGAUGACUUCUACAAUCUUCUGGUUGACAAACCACUAAAGGUGUCGGUGUUCAACAUGGAAGAUCAUUCAGAGAUUGCAGUUCCUCAGUAUGCAGUGGAAAUUGAGUGCGAGGGUGUGGUUGUGAGUACAGUGAUGGAGAAAUACUGGAAAGGAUUUGCCACAGACUAUGCCUUGGCAGAAAGUCUGGAUACAGUUGACCAGGAUGAAAUCAGGACCAUGGAUGAAAGUGUUGGGGUUUAAAUUCAUCAAAAAGCCAUCGACUGAAUGGACUGGAUCCAUAUAAACUGCUGUGGAGAAAACAUGUUGUGACAGUACAGUCAGACUUUUUUUAAACAGACUAUAGUAUGUUUGUUGUUUUACCAUGUCUCCUUGUAUUAAUAAACGUACUUGUGUGGAUAAAUGAA